GGGAAUCCAUAAGCUUAGUCACAACCAGGGAAUCCAUAAGCUUAGUCAGACACCCAGGGAAUGUGUAGAUAAGCAUUAAUGGAGACCAGACAGCCACCUAGUGAGUAUAAGAGCCACCAGUAGUAGGUAUUAGGUCCUCCCUUGUCGCCACCAGCCGGCCAUCACUUGAGUGCCUCCACCUCCUUCAACUACGACACCUUACAAAUGGCUAGAGAAGCCCCAAACCCGUACGCUCACCUUUUAUCUAACAUCAAGAUCAGAGAUGAGGACUUCAAAUAUUACAACCUUCUCGGCCUUAACGACAGCCGCUAUGAACAAUUGCCAUUUAGCAUCAGGGUGUUGUUGGAGUCGGCUGUCCGAAACUGUGAUAACUUCCAGGUGAAAGAACAGGAUGUGAACAAUAUUUUGGACUGGGCCAAACAACAGAGUGAUGUUAAAGGGGUAGAGGUCCCCUUCAAACCAGCACGAGUUAUUCUCCAGGACUUCACUGGAGUCCCGGCAGUUGUGGACUUUGCAGCAAUGCGGGACGCGGUGAAGGAGUUGGGUGGGGACCCCCAGCACAUUAACCCCAUCUGCCCGGCUGAUUUAGUUAUUGAUCAUUCCGUCCAAGUGGAGUUCUCCAGAACACGUGGAGGGCACGACCCUGGUGGUGGGGGCACUUUGACUGGUCAAUCCUGUGGUCGUUGUGCAAACUAUGGCCAGUCGGGCUGUGUGUCAGCUGCCUUGUCAGGGAGGCGGCCGAGUGGUCGCUCAUAUUCCAGGUUGCAUCGUCCGCGUGGGCCAAACACGCACGGGUCAAGGUUGCGUCCGGCCUCCCCGGUUGUGCAAUCUCAGCCAUCCAGUCCCUCAGUUUACUCUUCCCUACCUCCAAAUAUUCCACAACAAUCUCUACAGCAAGUGUACCUUAUGCCCCACACAGUGCCUGUGUCAGGAGCUGUGAUGGUCGGCGUGCAGCAACAGUGGCAUUAUCCGCCCAUUGUCUCCGCUCCUUCUCACCAACUUCCAUCAUUAGUGACACAAAUGACCAUAGGUGAACCAUUAGUGAAUAUACCAAACUAUCAGCAACAAACUGUACAGUGUACAACUGUAGUUCCUGGGUACAGUACUCCAGUCUACCCAUCCCCACAUCCUUCUCAAAUAAGUAGGACACAACACCCUGUCAGCUACUACCUGGGCUCCCCAUACAUUCAGCAUCAGGGUAGUCGGCCCGGUAGCCGGCCGACCACUCCCGACCAGUGCCAACUUCCAGACUCGGAGUGUCAUUAUAGUGUAGAUAUGGAAGACGUUUCCUUCAGACCUCGGGGAUCGUACGCCUCAAGACCUUUAGCAUUAAGAAAGCAAGAAGUUGUCGAUGAUUCAGCAGCCACUGUGUCAGAUGUCUCCAGCACCAGGAGUGACACAUCUGGGACACCGUCGUUGAGAUUAUCAGUGUCGUCGUUGCCUUCGCCUCUCGAUGUCCCCGGGAUACCCAUUCAGGACCUUGUGUGCCCUUUCCACGAGCGCCAGUCUGAAUGGUCUAGUGCAUUACAGAAGAACCAAGAAUUAGAGUUUGAGCGGAACUUUGAGCGCUUCGUGUUCCUCAAGUGGGGAGCUCAGGCACUGAAGAACAUGCUGAUUGUCCCCCCUGGAUCUGGCAUCGUGCAUCAGGUCAAUCUAGAAUACCUGGCACGUGUUGUGUUUAGUGAAGACAAAUUGCUGUUCCCUGACUCCCUGGUGGGCACCGACUCACACACAACGAUGAUCAAUGGCUUGGGGGUCGUUGGCUGGGGAGUCGGAGGUAUUGAGGCAGAGGCUGUCAUGCUGGGUCAAGCUGUGUCAAUGGUGCUGCCAAAGGUCAUAGGUUAUCGCAUCACAGGUGAUCUCUCUCCUCUCGCUACCUCAACAGACGUUGUUCUUACCAUCACCAAGCACUUAAGACAAAUUGGUGUGGUGGGGAAGUUUGUGGAGUUCUUCGGGCCCGGCGUACAGCAGCUGUCCCUCGCCGACCGCGCCACCAUCUCCAACAUGUGUCCUGAGUAUGGCGCCACCAUCGGCUUCUUCCCCGUCGACGACGUUACCAUCGGCUACCUGAGACAGAGCAAUCGAGAUGAAGGCAAGAUUGAACAGAUUGAAGAGUAUCUAAAGGCUGUUAAAAUGUUCAGGAACUUCAUGGAUUCAUCCCAGGAUCCUGUCUUCAGCGAGGUGGUGAGCCUAGAUUUGGGCGAGGUAGUCCCUUCACUGUCCGGUCCUAAGCGACCACAUGACAGAGUGUCUGUGUCAUCUAUGAAGGAUGACUUCCACCAGUGCCUUGGGAAUAAGGUUGGGUUUAAGGGAUUUGGGCUGCCAGCUGACCAACACGACAAGACCAUCCCCUUUGUAUAUGAGGGCCAGGAGUACACCCUAAAGCAUGGAGCUGUGGUCAUUGCCGCCAUAACUUCCUGUACCAACACUAGCAACCCUUCUGUGAUGUUGGGUGCUGGUCUGUUAGCCAAGAAAGCCGUGGAGGCGGGACUAACAGUAGCGCCAUACAUCAAGACGUCGCUGUCACCCGGGUCUGGCGUCGUGACUCACUAUCUGCAACACUCCGGGGUCACGCCCUACCUCUCCAAGCUUGGUUUUGACAUCGUCGGGUACGGUUGCAUGACCUGUAUUGGCAACUCGGGUCCUCUUCCUGAGUCCAUCGUUGAGGCCAUCGAGAAGAAUGACCUCGUGUGCUGUGGAGUCCUGUCUGGCAACCGUAACUUUGAGGGCAGGAUACACCCCAACACCCGGGCUAAUUACCUGGCCUCUCCACUGUUAGUCAUCGCGUACGCCCUGGCCGGACGCGUGGAUAUUGACUUUGAGACGGAGCCUAUUGGUAAAAGUGACACUGGCAAGUUGGUGUACCUUCGCGACAUCUGGCCACAACGCGCAGACAUCCAGGUGGUGGAGCAGGAACACGUGAUACCAGCCAUGUUUAAGGAAGUCUACUCUCGCAUCACAACUGGGAAUGACCGCUGGAACAAGCUGGAGGCUCCUGAGGGGAUGCUGUACCCUUGGGACUCUAAGUCGACCUAUAUCAAGAGGCCUCCCUUCUUUGAGGGCAUGACGAAGGAGUUGCCAUCCAUUAAGACCAUCAAGGACGCUCAAGUUCUUCUUUAUCUUGGAGACUCUGUAACAACCGACCACAUAUCACCGGCUGGUUCUAUAGCUCGUGACUCUCCUGCGGCACGCUACCUGGCAGCUAAUGGUUUGACUCGCCGUGAUUUCAACUCGUACGGUUCCCGGAGAGGCAACGACGCUGUCAUGGCCCGAGGUACCUUUGCCAACAUCAGACUUCUAAACAAGUUCAUUGGAAAGGCCGGCUCACGCACCAUCCACCUGCCAUCUGGGGAACAGAUGGAUGUGUUCGAUGCUGCGGAGCGUUACCGAGAGGAAGGCCGGCCAGUUGUGAUUCUGGCAGGGAAGGAGUAUGGAUCAGGAUCAUCCAGAGACUGGGCAGCCAAGGGACCCUUCCUAUUGGGCGUGCGUGCUGUGAUUGCAGAGUCAUACGAGCGCAUCCAUCGCAGUAACCUUGUGGGGAUGGGCAUUAUUCCUAUGCAGUUCUUGGAGGGUCAGACGGCCGAGUCUUUAGGAAUUACCGGCAGAGAGACAUUCAGUAUAAGUCUUCCAGAUGACUUGAAGACUGGUAUGGUUGUAUCUGUACAGCUGGGUGAUGGGAGGUCUUUUGAGGCCCUGGUGAGGUUUGACACAGAAGUGGAGCUGACUUACUUCCGUCAUGGCGGCAUCCUCAACUACAUGAUCCGGAAGAUGAUCGAGUGAACAACAUUAUUCGCCGUUGGACCGAGUUUGGAAACAUUUGAUUUUAUCGGGAUGUUUUAAUUGACUUAAGUUAAUUGAGGUUAUUAUUGGGAGUUAAUUGAUUGUGAUAUAAAGCCUCAAGUUUGUUUACCUUGUAAAGUAAAUCAAAACAUUGUACUUACACAGAUGAAGCAGUGCAGUAUAUUAUAAUGAACAUGUGUUAAUAUUAUUAUUAUCAUCAUCAUUAUUAUUAUCAUUAUUAGUGUAUAAUAUUGUUAUUAUUAUUAUUAUUAUUAUUAUCAUUAUUAUUAUUAUUAUUAUUAUUAUUAUUAUUAUUAUUAUUAUUAUUAUUAUUAUUAUUAUUAUUAUGAUGGGAUGGUGAAGGGAGGUGAGGUAAGGCCCAGCAAACACUGCCAGUUUUUCCUAUGUCAGCAUCAGUGUUUCUCAGAAAUCAUUGCAGUACAUACAUAUAAAUGUUGAUAGUUUUUACUUAAUACAGGUAAUGAAUUCCUACUCUCUCUCUCUCUCUCUCUCUCUCUCUCUCCUUUUUUUAGACAAGUGAAUAUUUUUUUUAUUGCUAAUAUGGUCAGUUGAAUUGUUGACAAGAUUUUCCUUUCUUUCUGUUAAAAAGAUGUGUGUGUACUGUAUUCAUACUUGAACACCUACAUAUGUAUACAUCAUAAUAAAUGUAUUUUACUCUCACCCUCCUUGUAUUGGCUGUAGGGACAGCAGCCAUCAUCAGUGGAAGUUAGCUGUAGGGACGGCAGCCAUCAUCAGUGAACGUUUCAUGUUCCUUACAUUCCAUUUAUGCUCCAGUUAAAGAUUAAAUGAAACAACAACAAAAUUAUAAUAAACACACAUUACAACCUUUCUUCUCAUAAAAGAAGUACAGUACAGUAUUGCAGCAACCUCUGUGUAAGAGUAAGACUUGCUUGUGAGGAUAGAUUGUGGCUGCCUGAGUAUAGUGGUUGUUGUUUGGGUCUUGAGACACUAGAGGGUAAUAAGAGCCCAUUUGUGAUACAUACACUGGCUACGUCUUUUGAUAAAAGGAGCCGAGAGGUUUCAGUAUGACUACAUUACCCAUAGACACACCAACUUUUUUUUUUUAAUAAUGAUAAUAAUGAUUCUUCUUUUUUGUUUUUUUUGACAGGGAAAGUCGUGGCAUUGGUACUAUGUAUAUUAAACAAUUCAUAGUAUUAGUUCUCAUAUCUUCCAUGUUAGUUACCCAUGAAUUAAGUUAUAGUUAGGAUAUAUUUAGUAUUAAUCUCCCAGAUAAUUAAUAUAUUAUAAAAUCUAUAUAUAUAUUUCAGUGCCAGGAUUGUAUUAUUACUGUAUGUUUGUUACCUCAUCAAAUUGUUUCUGAAUAUUGGCCAUUAUUUUAACUCGCUCUAAAAUAAUUUACGAUAACAAAACAGUGCUUGAAGGAUAUUGAACAACCAGCGCACAUCAAAGCAAAAUGUCAUAGAUCGUUUUCUCGACCAGAAUUGUAAUGAUUUUAAUGUCCGUGCUACUGGGUGGUACUCAGGACUGGUACUGUAACACACACAGACACACACACACACACACACACACACACACACACACACACACACACACACACACACACACACGUUAUAAGGAGCAGCUCUGUAAGAUGAUACAAAAUAACACUUAAUAUUUUAUAGUGCAAAUAUUGAUUUUCAUAUUUGUUAGGCAACUCAUGAGUGACCGAUAUAUUUUAGUUAACCCCUAAGUGAGCGGCCAUUCAAUUUUUUAACGUUUGGAAGAUGUCCUGCACAAGUUAUAUAGCACAAUAUAGUAAUGUGUAAUAUAUUGAAGACUAAUAAGAAGAUCAAAGAAACAAAAGCUGGAAGAGUUUUAUACAAGUACUGUAGUAAAAAAAAAUAGUAAAAUUGUUAUAAAAGUUGUUGAGAAUAAUGGUGGUAUUAUCUAUGUUGUUUGUAUUAAAUAGUAAUGCUACUUAACUUGGUAUGACAGCCCCGUGUAGUUACCCCCACCAGUAUUAACGUGUAAGUGGAUACUCCCUGUGCCUAGGCCUUCGUGUUGGGCGAGCACUGUACGUUGGGUAACCUAAGGUCUGUUCUUGAUAAAGUUUCAGUCCAGAAUAUGAAAAACCUUGGGCAAAAAGUUUUAAUUUAGCUAUUAAACUUUUUUUUAUUCAAUAAUAUGUGUAUUGAUGAACAAGAACACAAGAAAUAAUUCAUGGUAUAAUUUGAAUGUUGACUUCAUUCAUUUUUCUGUGACUGCUCACAUCACCUAAUGUAUAACUACCAGAGCUAUAGAAGUGUCAGGUUAAUUUUAUAUAAAACUGUUAAGAGAUUAUUAAAUAUAUCUGAUGUGUUUUAAAUGUGAAAAUAUAUGAAGGGAAAAGUGAUGAAAGAUGAAGCUACCUCCUCCUCACCACAGACAAGUGCACAUCUUGAAAGCUUUGGUCUGUCAGUGAAGCAGCUGUUAACAUGUGCAGUACACAAGAUCUUAAGAUAAAGAAUACAUUAUUGCCAAGUAUAAUUGCUCAAUGUAUUUUGAUAUUAUUGUUUUUUUAAGACAGUAUUUGCAUGGGUGGCCCCUGCUGAGUCCAGCCUCUGAAGCAGUACAGUACUUGGUUAGUGAACACAUCAUGUUAGUACCUAAAGCUGUUGAGGUUAGUACAGUACAGCAGGUUGAUUCACUCACUGGUAGCCCCGGAAUUUCACUAAUAUAAUAGUUAUUGAUGAUAAAUGAGAGAGAGAGAAAUACUUGAGAAUAUAACAUGAAAAUCUUAACCCCAAAUGCACCAAACACUAAUACAGUCGAGUAUAGUAUAUCAUAGUGAGGCCACCACUGAGUGUAUCACCCUGUAGCUACUUGGUGCAGCAUAUUAAGUAGCUUCUUUUAUUGGGAUAAACCCCAGAUGUAACAGAAGGAUUUUAAACAGUGAAUUUGGAACCGAUUGGUCUAGUCAUCUCAGAGGAAUUUGCACAUUAUGUAAAUUGACCGUAACAACAUAAGGUAAAGAUUCACUUUGAAAGUUGAUGCAGUAAUUACCAGAUAACUUUGUUCUAAAUGUGAGAGAAAAAUUUGUGCACUUUCAUGGUUUUUCUGUACUUUUAAAAUGAGUUAUUUGAUGAACUACUAUCAGUUGUGAUACUAGAUAAUCAUAUAUUACUGUGAUGAGGAAAUACUAUCGCACAGGAUCCACUCCAGUACAGCCCAGUGUGUUGACUGUGGUGGGAAGUUUGGUGUUGCUCCCCCACUCCCUCUGCCCACUCCUUCCUCACCUCUGCAUUCCUCCACUUGAAGCUGAGAAGCUUCAAAUAUGGGUUCGACAGAUUAAUGAGCAAUAUGGGUUGGGUGUAAAUGGGGCUGCCCAGUAUGGGCCAAUAGGCCUGCUGCAGUUUCCAUCAUUCUUAUGUUCUGCCUUCUACCCUCCAUCUAAUUUUCCUCCUCCUCCGCUCCCUUCACCCUCGUACCUUCCACCUCACAGGAACUUGCAAACAGAAAGGGGUUCAGUAUAUCAAGGCUUCCACAGGCUGUGUAGGUAUACUGCUGCAAUUUUGUAAGACAGUUUUGAGAUUAGAUUUGUUUUUUGACAAUAGUUGUACUGUACUGUACUGUACAGGUGUGAGAAUGGAGGGAUUAUUGACACUUAUGGAAAUUAAGUGUUGCCAGGUAAUUCAGUACAUAUUAAUUUUUCAUUUUGGUUGCCAUGUUUUUAUUUACAAGGAAUACAAUUAAGAUUGAGUUCUUAAGUUCUCUAAUUCUAGAUCCUUUUUCUUUUUAACCUUUUCUUCUUGCUUGUGCACCUUGUUUAAUGACAUUAUCUUGAUUAAGCAGGUUGUAUAUAGGACCAAUUAAUGUGAGGAAUAAUAGUCAUUAAUCAUCAAGAUGUGUGGUAUUUACUGCAAACCACAGCAUAAUAUUGGGAUCGGGUUCUUCACCGCCUCGCCAGUGACAGUACUGUUAAGGUACAGAUUUCAGGCCUAAAUAUUGGUUCCUGGUUUGAUUGGAGACGGACAUUAGAGAGAAUUCCCAAAUUAUUCCUUAAACAUAAAUUGCAUUUCUUAAUUUUGUAAAUAGUAUAUGAUUUGUAUUUUUUAUUAUCUUCAGAAAGUUGUGUAUAGUAAUAUAUUAAUUAUAAUAUUUAAUAUGAGAUGAUAUCUUUGAAUAUUUUGACUGAAGAAAUAAUUGAAGCUUUUAUGAUACACUGAACAUUGGCCAGAAUUAAUGUUAGGACUAUUAUAGUGCACAUCUGUAAUUAUUUAUCUUUUAAUCUAUUUUCUUUUAUCUAUUUUUCAAAACUUCUCAGUCCAUUCCAGUGUGUGAACAUGUUGUUGAUAAGUGGAGGUGAAGUGUGCAGUAUACCUGGUGUGUGGGUACAGUACUGUAAUAAGUGUGCAGUAUACCUGGUGUGUGGGUACAGUACUGUAAUAAGUGUGCAGUAUACCUAGUGUGUGGAUACAGUACUGUAAUAAGUGUGCAGUAUGCCUAGUGUGUUGGUACAGUACUGUAAUAAGUGUGCAGUAUACCUGGUGUGUUGGUACAGCUGUCAGGUACAAGUAUUAGUAUAAACUGUUGUAAUUAUUAACAUUUCAUAUUAGUAUUAAAAUACUUGAAUCGAGGUUUUGUGCUCAGAAAACUGAAAUAAGUUUCAUAGGAAACAUAUUAGUGUAUAUUUCAUUUGCUUUACUGUAUACCAAUAAAAUAUUAAACCUGAAA